GGCUUUGGUCGGGAAGCCGUAUGCGCAUGUCAGUUCACUUGGACGAUCUCUUUCUGUCGUGGCAUCUGGAGGUGAGUGGUUGUGCGUGCCUUUCGCGCAUUUGGAUAAUCCGAAAAUUUCGUCAGCAAGCAUUUUGACCAGACUAGUACCAACAGGCAUACAUCAUGGGAAAGGAGAAGAUUCAUAUUAACAUCGUCGUCAUCGGACACGUCGAUUCCGGCAAGUCCACCACCACCGGUCAUUUGAUCUACAAAUGCGGUGGAAUUGACAAACGUACCAUUGAAAAAUUCGAGAAGGAAGCUCAUGAGAUGGGUAAGAGUUCCUUCAAGUACGCUUGGGUUUUGGACAAAUUGAAGGCCGAGCGUGAACGUGGUAUCACCAUUGACAUUGCUCUCUGGAAAUUCGAGACGGCCAAGUAUUACGUGACCAUCAUCGAUGCUCCUGGACACAGAGAUUUCAUCAAGAACAUGAUCACGGGAACGAGUCAGGCCGAUUGUGCUGUGCUAAUUGUGGCAGCUGGUACUGGAGAGUUCGAGGCGGGUAUCUCGAAGAACGGACAGACCCGUGAGCACGCACUUCUUGCUUUCACCCUGGGUGUCAAGCAGCUCAUCGUCGGUGUCAACAAGAUGGACUUCACCACACCCCCAUACUCUGAGGCUCGUUACGAGGAAAUCAAGAAGGAAGUAUCGUCAUACAUCAAGAAGAUUGGUUACAACCCAUCUGCUGUUGCCUUCGUUCCCAUUUCCGGAUGGAACGGCGACAACAUGUUGGAGCCCUCCGCCAAAAUGCCAUGGUUCAAGGGAUGGACUGUGGAACGUAAGGAAGGCAAGGUUGAAGGAAAAACCCUCAUUGAGGCCCUAGACGCUAUCCUUCCACCUUCCAGGCCCACCGACAAGCCCCUGCGUCUUCCUCUCCAGGACGUAUACAAGAUUGGUGGUAUUGGAACAGUACCCGUUGGUCGUGUGGAGACUGGUGUCUUGAAACCCUCUAUGGUGGUGACUUUCGCUCCCGCUGGAAUCACUACUGAAGUCAAGUCCGUCGAAAUGCAUCACGAGGCCUUGACGGAAGCUGUUCCCGGAGAUAAUGUUGGUUUCAACGUCAAGAGCGUCUCCGUGAAGGAAUUGCGUCGUGGAUACGUCGCUGGAGACUCCAAAAACAAUCCACCCAAGGGUGCUGCUGACUUCACUGCACAGGUCAUCGUGCUGAACCACCCUGGUCAGAUUAGCAACGGAUACACGCCCGUGUUGGAUUGCCACACGGCACACAUUGCGUGCAAGUUCGCAGAGAUCAAGGAGAAGUGCGACCGUCGUACCGGCAAAACUACCGAGGAGAACCCGAAGGCAAUCAAGUCCGGUGACGCAGCCAUCGUCAAUCUGGUGCCCAGCAAGCCCAUGUGCGUCGAGGCUUUCCAGGAGUUCCCUCCCCUGGGUCGUUUCGCCGUUCGUGACAUGCGUCAGACUGUCGCCGUGGGCGUUAUCAAGGCGGUGAAUUUCAAGGAUGCGACGGGCAAGACGACCAAGGCUGCCGAGAAGGCCCAGAAAAAGAAAUAACCAGCUUCCGCGGAUACGAGCCGCCGGGUGGACGCCGGAUCAUGGUAGCCGAGGCAGUUUGCCCUCUGCCAGCCCGUUGCUCGAUUCACGGAGCAUUUCGACGGAUUUUCCAUCGAAAAGAAUUCCGGAGGAAAGGCCACGGACGAGCCCUGUGCUGGCCGGGAUGGCAAACUAUCUUGGAUCGCGGUACAUCAACAACAACAACAAAAACAACAAACAUCAUAAUUUAGCUCGGCUUAAUUAUAUUUUCUAAUUAUUAUACGGAAAUAAUAAAUCCUAUAUCUGCGAUACUCUAA